CGGACCGGGGAGCGAGGCCGCCUGCGGCGCGGGUCCAGCCGGGUGCGGACGCGGAGGCUCCCCGCGCUCCCCGCGCUCCCCGCGCUCCCCGCCGCGCCAUGCCCUCCUACACCGUCACGGUGGCCACCGGCAGCCAGUGGUUCGCCGGCACCGACGACUACAUCUACCUCAGCCUCGUGGGCUCGGCGGGCUGCAGCGAGAAGCACCUGCUGGACAAGCCCUUCUACAACGACUUCGAGCGCGGCGCGGUCGAUUCGUACGACGUGACGGUGGAUGAAGAGCUGGGCGAGAUCCAGCUCGUGCGAAUCGAGAAGCGCAAGUACUGGCUCCACGACGACUGGUACCUGAAGUACGUCACGCUGAAGACGCCCUCCGGCGACUACAUCGAGUUCCCCUGCUACCGCUGGAUCGCGGGCGAGGGCGAGAUCGUCCUGAGGGACGGACGCGCAAAAUUGGCCCGAGAUGACCAAAUUCACAUUCUCAAGCAGCACAGACGUAAAGAACUGGAAACACGGCAAAAACAGUACCGGUGGAUGGAGUGGAACCCUGGCUUCCCUCUGAGCAUUGACGCCAAAUGCCACAAGGACUUACCCCGCGAUAUCCAGUUUGACAGCGAGAAGGGGGUGGACUUCGUCCUGAACUACUCCAAAGCGAUGGAGAACCUGUUCAUCAACCGUUUCAUGCACAUGUUCCAGUCGUCCUGGAGUGACUUUGCUGACUUUGAGAAAAUCUUCGUCAAGAUCAGCAACACCAUUUCCGAGCGGGUCAUGAAGCGCUGGCAGGAAGACGACAUGUUCGGCUACCAGUUCCUGAACGGCUGCAACCCCGUGUUGAUCCGGCGCUGCACGCAGCUGCCUGAGAAGCUCCCGGUGACCACAGAGAUGGUGGAAUGCAGCCUGGAGCGGGAGCUCAGCUUGGAGCAGGAGGUCCAGCAAGGGAACAUCUUCAUCGUGGACUUCGAGCUGCUGGAUGGCAUCGAUGCCAACAAAACAGACCCCUGCACGCUCCAGUUCCUGGCUGCUCCCAUCUGCCUGCUCUACAAGAACUUGGCCAACAAGAUCGUCCCCAUUGCUAUCCAGCUCAACCAAACACCAGGAGAGGAGAACCCCAUUUUUCUCCCUUCGGAUGCAAAAUACGACUGGCUUUUGGCCAAAAUCUGGGUGCGUUCCAGUGACUUUCACGUCCACCAGACCAUCACACACCUUCUGCGCACACAUCUGGUGUCCGAAGUUUUUGGCAUCGCCUUGUACCGCCAGCUGCCUGCCGUGCACCCCAUGUUCAAGCUGCUGGUGGCGCACGUGCGAUUCACCAUCGCCAUCAACACCAAGGCCCGAGAGCAGCUCAUCUGCGAGUACGGCCUCUUUGACAAGGCCAACGCCACAGGGGGCGGCGGGCACGUGCAGAUGGUGCAGAGAGCCAUGCAGGACCUGACCUACGCCUCCCUGUGCUUCCCCGAGGCCAUCAAGGCCCGGGGCAUGGACAGCAAAGAAGACAUCCCCUACUACUUCUACCGGGACGACGGGCUGCUGGUGUGGGAAGCCAUCAAGACGUUCACGGCCGAGGUGGUGGACAUCUACUACGAGAGUGACCAGGUGGUGGAGGAGGACCAGGAGCUGCAGGACUUCGUGAAGGACGUCUACGUGUACGGCAUGCGGGGCAGGAAGGCCUCAGGCUUCCCCAAGGCGCUCAAGAGCAGGGAGAAGCUGUCCGAGUACCUGACCGUGGUGAUCUUCACGGCUUCGGCCCAGCACGCCGCGGUGAACUUCGGCCAGUACGACUGGUGCUCCUGGAUCCCCAACGCGCCCCCGACCAUGCGAGCCCCGCCGCCCACGGCCAAGGGCGUCGUGACCAUAGAGCACAUCGUGGACACGCUGCCCGACCGCGGCCGCUCCUGCUGGCAUCUGGGUGCAGUGUGGGCGCUGAGCCAAUUCCAGGAAAAUGAGCUGUUCCUGGGCAUGUACCCAGAAGAGCAUUUCAUCGAGAAGCCUGUGAAGGAGGCCAUGGCUCGAUUCCGCAAGAACCUUGAGGUUAUCGUCAGCACGAUCGCUGAGCGCAACAAGAACAAGAAGCUGCCAUAUUACUAUUUGUCUCCAGACCGGAUUCCCAACAGCGUGGCCAUCUGAGCGCACCCGCGCCAGUCCCACCCUGGGAAGGCGGCUGCGCCAGCCCCAUGGACUCCGGCCCCCCGGCAGGCAGGCUCUCUGGUCAGGCCUCCUGGCAGCGCACUUUCCCUGUUUACCCCUCAGUCUUUAGGGAAUCCCAUAGUUUGGUCAAAGUGUAUAAACCCUGCAGCGACCCCUCCUGUUCAGAGCAGAGCGCGCAGCCUCCUCCCCGCACGCAGCUCAGCCCUUCCGCGCCGGGCAGCAGCACCAGUCAGGACCACUGGUAGACGCUUGUUCUUGCUGGAGACCCGGGGUGAUUAUUUUCUGUCCUAUUUAUGCCUAGUCCAAUUUCUUAAAUGUAGCAGAUACCCAAAUAAAUUCUUACUGAGUGAAUUAAGAAUUGGUUGUCAUAAAAGUAAAAAGGUUCAUUUGAAA